UCUCGCUCGCUCCCUCGCGCAGUAGCGGAGAACGCGUUCGAGGCGUGCGUUCGACUUUCGGGCGGCGACGUACGCUAAGCGUGUGUCUUCAUUAUUGAUGCAAAAGUUCCACGAUGGUAGAUCAUAACCAAAAAUUAUUACAGGAGUUGUUAAAGAAACCCGGGAAUAAUGUGUGUGCCGAUUGUGGAAGCCAGGGGCCGGACUGGGCUUCUUAUAAUCUGGGUAUAUUUAUAUGCAUGCGAUGUGCAAGUAUUCACCGCGGCAUGGGAGCGCAUAUCAGCAAAGUAAAACAUCUAGAUUUAGAUCGCUGGGAGGACUCACAAGUGCAGCGAAUGAAAGAAGUUGGAAACGUCGCAGCAAAGAACAAAUACGAAGAGCGCGUACCGCCAUGCUAUCGGCGACCGACGAAGAACGACCCACAAGUUUUGAUCGAACAAUGGAUACGCGCCAAGUACGAAAGAGAGGAAUUUUGUCAUCCAGAACGUCAGAGUUACCUCUCUGGUACCAUGGUCGGAUUCCUCAUGAAGAGAGGCAAGGAAGACAGUCGCUAUCAGCUGAGAAAGUUUGUUCUCAACGAAAACGAGGACACAUUGAAGUACCAACACGCUUCCGACGGCUGUAGCCGUGCUUCGGGUUGUCUCGGUCGGAUUUUCGAUCAUCUCCGACUCAAAAACUUGGGUCGUUUGAGGUACCACGUCAAGGAGAACAAGGAACCAAAGGGAGUGUUAAAAUUAUCUGAGCUAAACGUAUCUUUCGCCCCCUCUAAGAUCGGCCACAUGAACUCUAUGCAGCUGACUUUCCUGAAGGAUGGAUCAACGAGGCAUAUUUACGUGUACCACGAGGACCCAGAAGUCAUCAACUGCUGGUAUACAGCUAUACGUUGCGCCAAAUUACACCUACUGCAAGUAGCGUUUCCAUCGACCCCUCAAUCCGACCUCAUUCUCCGUCUGCCUAAAGACUUCGCACGCGAAGGCUGGCUGUGGAAAACGGGGCCACGGCCGUCUGACGUGCACAGGCGGCGCUGGUUCACGCUCGACACCAGGAAGUUGAUGUACCACGACGAACCGCUGGAUGCUUAUCCUAAGGGUGAAAUAUUUAUUGGCCAUGAAUCCAAUGGUUACCAAAUCAAAGUUUCAAACACGGGUAACGGCUGCAAGGAGGCGCGGUUUCCGUUCCACCUCGUGACGCCCGAGCGGACGUUCUGUCUCGCCGCGACCACACACGAGGACAGAGCCGGCUGGCUUGCGGUUAUACAGCAAGCGUUGAAAAGACCACUCACGCCGCAAGACUCCACGAUCGAAGCGACCCUCGUCCGGAAACGCACAACGUCAAAUUCGAUCAGCAUAUUCUCAGGGAGGUAGUUUAAUUUUAUAAACUUAUUUUAUAGAACUAUACCACAUAGAAAGUAUUCUCUAAGAAAUUAAACCGUAUUCAUCUCGCUUAAAAAUAUUUAAACGUAUUUCCAGUGCAAAACUAAUUAAUUAUUAUAAAUACAUUAAUUUCACUUCACACCACAUGUAUUUUAAGAAAUAUUUUAUUUGUAAAUAAAUUUAUUUCGUGAUUUAAUUGAAUUAUUUAAUACUGAUGAUUAUUUUUAUCGUAAGACUUUUGUUUUAGUCAAAAUAGUUUUUAUUAUUGUAAAUAAAUUAAUUAUUUUAUUGAAAAUAAUUUAUAAAAUUAACAGUGAAGGGACUGAAUCUGUUAUUUAUGUUAUUAUUAAUUGUGAUUAGUUCGUUAAGAUAUUUCUUUUUUUUUUCACAAAUAAAAUCAAUGAAAUUUUGUAAUAUGUUUACAGGCUACGCACAAAAUAUCAUCUUUUAAACAUGUGUAUAGAUAUUUAUGUUUAAUUUUCUUCUACGUCUUACUUCUCGGUCGGUUGCAUGUUGAGAAUAAUUUCGCAAUUGCGAAUGUAAAACAGGAUGUAGGGAGUAGCAUGCUUCAAUUUACUAUAAUGUGAAUUACGUUAUGACUUCUGUAGAAUUGCGUCGCUACUAAAAUGAGUAUUAAAAACUUUUGUUACACACAUCGGCAAUAAAAGUUAGUUAACAUCCAGGUAACAAUAAAAUUGAUAUGCUAUUGAGAAAUAAAAUAUAUGCAAAAUUAGUAACGGACUCUGCAAAUGCACCGUAAGAUUAGUUUAUUUUCUUAUGUAAAUAAAGCGUUAAAUUAAUUUCAUAGUGAUCUUUAACUACUGUAAAUGUAUCAUCAUUUAAAUCACACAUUAGAAUCCUAAUAAUUAUUACUAGUGGUCGGUAUUUGAUACAAUCAUAUUGUCAAUAGCGUGUAUCCCGAAUAUGAGAGUUACUAAAACAAAUAUACAUAUGUAAGCAUGCUAUUUAAUCGUAUUUCCUGCUUAGAAUAUUUAUAAUCACUUCACGUUAUCACAAAAGGUUAUUUAAAAUAACAUAUUGCUCUCUCGUUCAUAUGAAAAAGACAUUUUACAGGGAAUUCGUGUAAAAAAUUUAAUCGUACAUAUUAUAGUAGAACAAAAUUACAAUAAACAUCGUAUAUAAUGCUUUAGUGUCGUAAGCAAUAUAAUUGUAGACAUAAGUAAGUUAAGACUAAUUUGUAAUCGUAUUCGAUAGAUUUUGUACCAUUGUAGAUCCAUGAAUAUAUUACAUAGACAAAUUUACUUCAGUAGAAAUUAUGUCUUCUCGGUCACACGUAUUGAAACAGCUAGCGUUGGAGCAGGAUAGCAAUAACAGUACUCACGCUCUAGAACUUGUAUCUGUCGUACAACUAAGUUAAGAUUGUAUGAUGUUAAAGUGACGGAAAUCGAUUUUGACUCGUGGUAUUUAUCUUUAACGCAGUAUCACAAAAUACUGGUGAAAUACACGUCUACGAAAUUAAAAUCUUCUCGGUCACUCGUAUUGAAACGGCUAGCGUAUGAGCAAGACAGCAAUAACAGUAUUCAUCUGUCUUAAUCAUAAUGAGUUAAAGCUGUGUGUUGUUAAAUUGACGUAAACUGUUUCUGGCUGACGGGAUUUAUCUUUAACGUAGUAUCAUAUUUUAAUGGAAUUAAAAAAAAACAAUUUAGUAAAUUCAAUAACAACAGUAAUGUACCAAUUCGAUACUCGAUAUCGACGACCGAUAUUAAAUAUCGGGGGUUUUCGUAUAUAGCUUAAUUAUUUGCUUUGUUUAUUUAAAAUGAUGAAGCAAAUGUUAGUAGACAAAAUUAUUAUUUAACAAUUAAUUUGAAAGGAAGGUUUGAUGUUAAUGAAAACGUAUUUUUCUAGCAUGAUAUAAUACAGCCAAUCAUAGAAGGAGUAGAGACAAACAAACAACUUUGACAUUGAAUUGACGCGAUAUCAUUGGUCGAAAAGUUAAAUAAUAAUCUAUGAUAUUCAUUACGUAUACGAAGGCGGUAAAGUGGUCGAAACUUUGAAAGUAAAAUUAAAAUGGAUAUUAGUAUUUAAGUGAAAUAGUGUUGUGAAUGAAAAAAAAAUUGUAGUGCAUAAUGUCGUUGAGCUAUUAGAAAAUCUCAUGGCAUAUUUAAAACUAAGGUUUAUCUUUACUCCUUCUUCGUUUGGAAUAGCGUUAUAGUGUAAUAAUAUAAAAUAUAACCAACUAUAUCAGUAGUAGUUAAAAUGUAUUAUUAUAAUGAAAUAAAAUAAUCGAUCGUUUGAUGCAAAUAGUUAUGUAUCUAAUACGUAAUACACAUAAGUAAUUAGGAACGCAAUAAUUUAGCGUACAAUUAGUAGGGUUUAGCGAUGUAGUAUUUUCAUCAUCAAUUGCAAUAGUUGAAAAUAUACAACAAGGUCACACCCUUGCACCUAGUUUGAAUGUGUAUAUUGUUUAAAUAAUGUGUUCAGGCAUUUAAACUAUAAUAGUUAUGAUGGAAUAAGUGGAUUCAUGUGUGUGUAUGUGAGUUUCUUUAGAAACUCACAUGAACCCAAUCACAUAACACUUCUCUUUUGGGCAGUUAUAUUAAUAUGUUUGUAAUUACGAUUGUAUUCUUUAUUUUCCGUAAAAUAUUCUUUACUCCGUACAUUUACGAAAAAAAUAUUUAGUUAUUGAUAUUUUUUCUUCACACCGUACCAGUAUCGAUAUGACGUCAUCUACGCUAGGUGCACAGAUUAUGACCGGGUUGUAUUUGGAAUUCUAUAUAACAGUUAAUUUAAUAUCACGAAAUUUUUAUAUUCUUAUUUAUUUAUUAUUUAUUGCUAGAGUAAGAUAUUCAAUAUAAAUUAAGUUUUAUAUAUUGAUUUUAUAGCUAAUAUCGGGUUAAUCGUAAUUUCAGAGAUUAAUAUCUACUCAUGUAAAAACUUUACGUACAAUCAAUUUGUUUCUUAAAAAAGAUGAUGAAAUCUUAGUUAAACUUUAUCUUUCUUUCUGUCAUCACUAAUUUGAUAAUCGAAGGAAAAAUAAUCAGUUCUGUUUGACUAUGGUUUAAUUAAUAACCCCGUUUACAACAUCUAUGAAAUUUUAUCAAUUAGUUGUUGAUAAAUCAUCGACAUGUUUUUAAAAUUAUGUAUUUCAUGACUAUUAAGUUGAACUUUAUAGUUCAAUUUCAAAAUUUUCCUACUUAACAAUUUCGAAUCAAUUAAUUUGAUAUUCUUAUUUUUGAUAAUAAAAUUAUUUCUGUUUAAUUCAUCUGUUCUCCUUUACAACGACAUUUGCCGUGAAAUUAAUUAUUAUGCUAUUAUUUUAAAAUUUUGACAUCUGUUUCUUCUUUUUUUUAUUAUAAUUUGACCUAAAUCUAUUAGUGAUAUUUACGACAAGAACGAAUGAUUUUAUUUACUUGAAUAGAUUGUAUUAAAAGCUAGGAGACUACCAAAAAGGUAGAAUAAUAUUUUAAUAUUAAUGUAUUCUUUGAAGAGGAAUGGUAAUGUGUGUGAAAAUGAUGAAUAAAAUUCGUCGAUGCUAAGAAUAUUGUAUAAAUUGCUGAUACAAUCUGAACAAAAUCUUUUUUCAAUGUAUACAAUGUCUCUCUGUGUUGCCACCGCAAAUACAGAGAUUAUAUGUUUUAUCAUAAGCGUGUGGUUUUCAAAUAUAUUUUUAUUAACGCAUUCAUGACAUUUCAUAUGAAAUUAAAUGUAAUUAAUUCAAGUAACUAAAUUAAAAUAUGAAAUAUAAAGAAAACUGCAUGAUUUUUGUAAUAAAAAUAAGUUGAAUACAAUUUUGUGUUCGCCAUUUUCAUUUUAUGCUUCAGCACAGAACACAUA